AUGCCGUCGCCAGCGAGCACGCCGAGCGCGCACCGUCCACGAGCAGGCCGACGACAACAGCAGCAUCAGCAGCGCGUGACGACCACACCGCCGGACACCACAACCAGCGGUACAGCCGACAACACGGCCACAGCCGCCAACACCUCAGCAGCCAACGCAGCCGCAUUGGCCGCAGCCAUGGCCAUCGCCAACGAAACCAACAUCGAUCUGAUCAUGAUCAACAAGAUCCGCCAGCAUCAGGAGUUGUACGACACGGACGAGAACCAGUACAAGUACAUCGACAAGAGGGACAAAGCGUGGAAGGAAGUGGCCGACGAACUCGGCAUGCCGGUCAAUGACGUGAAGCUUCGAUGGAAACGUUUGCGCGACAAUUUCCGAGUGUCCAUCAAACGGACCAUAGGACUGAAUCUCAAACCGGGUCUGCCGUUUGUCGAGAGCAAACCGUGGAAAUAUCAAAAAGAAAUGGAAUUUCUACUGCCCUUCAUGCAAAUCGGAGGGUGUUCGCUGAAGAAAAUGCUGAACCUGGAGAACCCUCGAGAAGACUACCACCAGGGAAACUACGACGAUUGCAGGACGGAAGGAUCGUCCAGCCCGUCGUACGACACGUCGUACGAGCACGACGAGAUGCCCGAACCGCGGGUCGAAGUCAAUGAGAUGCCGGGCGAUUAUUCCAACGACGAAGCCGGCGUGGACGACGAACUGCUCUACCCGGACGUGGAGAUCCUGAGCAACGGCCAACACGAGCCGCUGCACAGAGUGGCCAAACGGGUGAAACGGUCGGCCGAAGCAGCCGCAGCCGCCGAGGAAGCCGACUCGUCUGCCCAGCGCAUGCCCGACCAGCGCCACACGGACCGCUAUUGCCGUGUCCAGCAUCAGCGACAGAGCCGCGCCAAAAUACACCCGGUCGACCUGUUCUUCUACAGCAUGGCCGAGACGACCAAAGCCCUACCUCGAGCGUACCAGGCCGAAAUCAAACGCAGGGUACUGGAAAUCGUCAUCAAGGCCGAAGAGGAAAUGAACAAAAACGUUAAGAAGUACGAUUGACGGACAGCUAAUCGUUCUCAAUUUUGUAUCGAAAUCUUAUUGCCGUGUUCAAACGAUAAUGUUAGGUAUUUUAUUUAAUACAAACACAUAGAUAAGUUAGGUCUUUACUACUUGUUUCGCUAUGACGUCGUGAAUAAUUUAUUUCUUAAAAGAAAAAAAACUACACUAGGUGUUAUGUUAAAUCACUUAAGUUAUUCUAUUCGUUAUAUUUUUGACUCAUUAAGUUUAAAUGUUUAAGCGAGUACCAAUAGUCAGGAAAAAGAGAGGAUACUUUUACUAUUUUUUUGUUGUAAAAUAAAAACAUUCCGAAUUUGUUCGCCUUCGUGUACAGGCUUUGUGAUAAACGUCUUAAUACUUACGGUACCUAUGACUAAGAGUUUUGCAUUCCAUUGUGUGUAUAAUACAUACAAUUUAUAUAUUAGAUGUUGAGAGAACAAUUAGCGCAAAUACUUUAUAGACGUUUUGGCAAAACGUUAACGAUGGCUCUACAAAUUGCUCAAUCGAACGUAGAUUAUUAUUUUUUGUAUUUUGUUACUACAUUAUGACUAUUACUAUUAUUUUUCUCUAAUAUUAUAAUAUAAUAUACUUUAUUAUUAUUAUUAUUAUCACAAUAUUAUGUUAUUCACACUUUAUGUGUAUGACUACGAUAUGUAUAUUGAAUACUACUAUGAAACAAUAUAUUUUAC